GUAACAUCAGCAGAUGCUGCAUUACAAAAAGAACUAAUUAGAAUAACGGAUGCAGACCCUGAUGUCUAAAGAUUGUUUGACACGACGGAUGGAUUGUUAGGAUUAUUGUCUCUUGUCUUUUUGCAUGUUUUUUUCACCGCUGAAGUAAUUUUGAACCUCUGUGAGUGAGAUAUUUUCACAGACUCAAAGACUGAGCACAGUAACUUUAGCUAAUUAUUGAGCCUGUCUACUUCCAAAGUAUUCAAAUACGAUGGACUGCAACACAUCAACAACAAAUUAAGCUGCGAUGCUUCUCUGAAAAACCCACUGGAGCACAGCAAACGAUGAGGGCUGCGAGUGCUGCCCUCUGGGCGGCAGCCGUGUUGGCAAGGCUCCAGCUGAGUGCUUCGUCUCCUGACAGCAUCGUCAACCGCUCAUCCCAAAACCUCUCCUCUGUCCCGAGAGACCUGUCACAGAAGGUGGUGUUUUUAGACCUUUCAUGCAACCACAUACAGCAGCUUCACCAAGGCGACUUCAGAAACGCCACUGCCCUGAGGAUCCUCAACAUUUCAUGGAACAGUUUGGAGGAGAUUCACCCAGAGACGUUCGUUGACACGCCAGCCCUGGAGGAUCUAGACCUGUCACACAACAGGCUGAAGAACCUGUCGGGUCAGCGGUACCUGCGCCACACAGAGAACCUUCGGGUACUGAAUUUGACCUGCAACAACUUUCUCACAAUGACACUAGGGAGGGAGUUCAGCUCCCUGGUAAAACUGGAGAGAUUAGCACUUGGAGCAAAAAACAUCUCUAUGGAUGAUUUCAAGAGUAUUGCUAAAGUGAAAUUACAUACACUGACCCUUUCCCUGGAGGAUGAACUGGGCUAUGAAGCAGGCAGUCUGAAGGAUGUUCGUGCUCAAAGGCUUCGGGUAGCCUUCACUAGGAAUCAAGUAAUGGACCACGAUCUGUUUGCUGAUGCUCUGUCACACUUUGAUAAACUGGAGCUGCUCAAUUUGAUAGAAGGCUACAAAAACCUCAGUAAGCAGUUGAGCGAGGAAGCAAAAAUCAACACAUCUCAUCUUUAUCUCACCAACAUCUCAAUUGACUGGCCUGACUUGACUCAAUAUGUGAAUGUGAUUCUGCAUACGUCUAUUGCUCAUCUGACCACCACUGAUGUGGCAAUCCACAAAUUGCCAAGAGAGGACACAGCUGUGGCUGCAACAUCUAAACUCAAGUCGUUUACAGCCAGAAGAGCAGUAGUGAAGUCUUUCCUCUUCUCACAGGAGGCUGUAUACAACUUCUUUAUAAACUUGCCAGUGGAGAGUUUAGCAAUCGUUGAGACUCCAAUCAUACACAUGACAUGCCCACAGUCGCAGAGUCCUAUCCUACAGGUGGACUUCUCCUUUUGUUCUCUAUCUGACUCCAUCUUCUCUAGAAUGGAGGGUCAACAAACCCUUGAAUGUGAGACUCUGGGUAACAUGAGGAAAUUGACUCUGGUACGCAACAAUCUGAAGAGCCUUCAGUUGCUGAGCAAACGCACACAAAACAUGAAGUCCCUGCAACAUCUGGACCUCAGCCUCAACGCCCUGGUUUAUGACGGUCUGGAAGAAUGUGUCUGGCCACCAAACAUCAAAAAUAUGACUCUGUCUUUUAAUGGUCUGACAGAGUCGGUUUUUACAUGUCUACCAAAAGGAACAGAGACACUGGACCUCCAGAACAACCAGGUGACUGUAGUACCAUCAUCCAUCUUGAAUCUGGAAAACCUUUCAUCUCUGAAUCUAAACUCCAACAGGCUGCGGGACCUGCCAGUAUGCAACGGUUUCCCCAUACUGAAUGAACUCCUGCUCAAGUCAAAUUCCCUCCAUGCCCCAUCUGUGAACAAGCUUGAAAGCUGUCCCAAACUGAAAACCCUAGAUGUCAGUUACAACCCCUUCACCUGCACCUGCGCUCUGAGGAAUUUCAUAAGUCUUGGAAUCAAGUCUGAAAGGAAGAAAGGUCACACGGGAAUAGAAUUGCUGCAAUGGCCAUUUGGCUAUAGUUGCACAUACCCAGAGGCCAUUAGAGGCUCCACCUUGAACAACAUCUGGAUCCCACAGGUCUCCUGUAAUAUUGGCCUUCUAGCUGCCACCAUCUUGUGCCCAGCAGUGGUGUUGAUUAUUGCAGUUCUGACCCUGUGCCAUCGUUUGGAUGCUCCCUGGUAUAUGGCGAUGAUCUGGCAGUGGACGAGAGCCAAACAUCGUGCCAGAACGCGACAAGUUCGACCUGAAGAUCUGGUGGGUGUUGAGUUUCAUGCUUUUGUGUCUUACAGCCAGCAUGACGCAGACUGGGUGCACAAUUCUCUCCUCCCCAACCUUGAAGCCCCCACAGGAGGGCUCAGAAUCUGCCACCAUGAGAAAAACUUUGUGCCGGGAAAGACGAUUGUGGAAAAUAUCAUCAACUGUGUGGAGAAAAGCCGACGCUCCGUGUUUGUGCUCUCCGCUCACUUCGUCAAGAGCGAGUGGUGCCAUUAUGAGCUGUACUUCGCCAGCCACCAACGCCUUGCCCACGGCUCGGACAGCGUUGUGCUGGUGCUGCUCGAGCCUCUCCCUCAAUACCUGAUCCCAUCCAAGUACUACCAGCUUAAGUCCAUGAUGAGCCGGCACACAUACUUGGAGUGGCCUCAGGACAGGGCCAAGCACAGGCUGUUCUGGGCUAACCUCAGGGCUGCCCUACAGGCGGACCUGCCAAAUGCACCAGUCACAGAACUAGAGUGGUGACUGUGGAAGCCCGACUUGAAAAGGAAGUGGGAAGAGGAAAUGUGAAUGGGACAGAAGGGAGAGUCUGCAAGAGAGAAGACAGUUUGUACAUUUUCCAGUGUUCUUUCUUUAACACAGUAAGAUUUUUUUUGAGCUACAGUGUCUAAUUUUUAAUCCUAUACUAUGAGCUGAAGAUGAACUGAAUGCUGUUGUAAUAAAUCAUAUAAAAACAUGUUGUAAUGAUCUUUAAAGCACAUUUAAUGGAAACAUGUAUAUAAACUAACAAUUUGGUCAAGUUUUGACAAAAACAAUAAACUUCACUGAAGAAUAU